AUCGGUGCUUGGAGUGGUUUCUUGUUUCAUAUUACUGCGCAAGUGAUGAGACACACAGCACAAACAGUUUCGCUUAAAAAGCACACCUAUCCAUUUAACGUCACGUUUAACAUUUGUUUGUUUUCUUAGUGCCCGUUUGACAAGAAAGCGUCCCGGGUGAGUCGAGAGAGAGUUAGAGAGAGACACAUAGACACAGAGAGAAAUAGAGAGAGCAGAGGGCCACUCCUUUGAAAAACUGUGCGUUCAUAUUAAGCGUCUUUUUUAUACAGCUGAUGCAUACAGUGAUUUAUUUAUAUACACUCAUACAUCACACGAGCUGUGUGUAUUGUAGUAUAUCUCACGUGUAUCUUCGUUCUCGUUUCGGAUCAUCAAUGGAAACGAUGUAACCUGGUAACCCGAAUGCAGGCGAACGUUAAGAAGAUUAACUUGCAACACUAAGCCAGGAGGAAGUGAACCGAAGCCCAGAAAGGUUGCAGUCAUGUUGGAGGAGGACAUGGAGGUGGCCAUCAAGGUGGUGGUGGUGGGUAAUGGAGCAGUCGGGAAGUCGAGUAUGAUUCAGCGAUACUCCAAGGGCAUCUUCACGAAGGAUUACAAAAAGACCAUCGGCGUUGACUUUCUGGAACGACAAAUAAUAGUUAAUGGUGAGGAUGUGAGAUUGAUGCUGUGGGACACCGCUGGACAAGAGGAGUUUGAUGCCAUCACCAAGGCCUAUUACAGAGGGGCUCAGGCGUGUGUGCUGGUGUUCUCCACUACAGACAGAGAAUCAUUUGAAGCCAUCAGCAGCUGGAGAGAGAAAGUAGAGAUGGAGGUCGGGGACAUUCCCACAGUCCUGGUGCAGAACAAAAUUGAUCUGCUCGAUGAUACGGUUAUCAAAAAUGAAGAGGCUGAAGGUCUUGCCAAGAGGCUGAAACUAAGAUUUUACCGCACAUCAGUAAAGGAAGAUCUCAAUGUGAAUGAAGUUUUUAAGUAUCUGGCCGACAAAUAUCUACAGCGACUCAAGCAAAAGUCAGCAGAGGAGCCAGAGGUGGUCCAUACAUCCAGCAAUAAAAUAGGGGUUUUCAACACUACAGGCGCCAGCCACCUGAACCAUUCCAGCGAUCUGAACGGCCGUGAGGUGAUAAACCUGCGACCAAACAAACAGAGGAGAAAGAAGACGAAAACCCCUUUUGGGAGCUGCAGACUGCUUUGAAAUGUUUUACCGGUCGUGUUGAGAUUGAUGAACCACAGGUGAUUUGAAGUGAAAAAAAGUCACAUUCGCUAUUGACACCCUUAAUCCAGUGCAGAUCAUGUUCUGUGGCCACAUCUGUUGGUGUCAUGCAUGUCAUCUUAUCUAAUGAUGUCAUGAGGAGGCUGAAUGUUUAUGAAAUGCUGCCCUCGGGUGGCCGCAAGUGAUUAAAACAAUAGAUGGGAAAUUAAAUUGUAACGCCUACGUUUCUGCACCCCUAGUGGCACCCAGCAGAAUUGCUAUUGUUGAAUAAAAUAUUGAGUUUUGCUCAUUCAUUCCAUUAGUUGAUUUCAUGUCUGGUGCAGCCUAAAAAACAUCAUUUUGGUGCUGCAUGUGGUGCAGAAAUGACACAUAUGUCACCCUGGACAACAAAACCAGUCAUAUUUCAAUUUUUCGAAAACAAUAUUUUUACAUCAUUUGAAAGCUGAAUAAAUAAGCUUUCUAUUGAUGUAUGGGUUGUUAUAUGAUGAUAUCCGGCGGAGAUAUAACUGUUUAAAUCUCUGGAAUCUGAGGGUGCAAAAGAAUCAAAAUAUUGAGAAAGUUGCCUUUGAAGUUGUUAAUAAGAGGCACUGUUACUGGACAUCCACUCACAAAAAUAAAGUUUUUAUGUAUCAACAGCAGGAAAUUUACAAAGUAUCUAAAUGGAACAUGAUCUUUACUUUAUAUCCUAAUGAUUUUUGGCAUAAAAGAAAAAAAGUAUGAUUUUGACCCACAAAAUGUUUUUUUGGCUUUAAUUGAAAUGUUCCCAUAUUACUUAAGACUGGUUUUGUGAUCAAGGGUCACAUAUAUUGAUUACUAGUCAUUUUUCUUGGUUGGUAAAUAUCAAGUGUUUGACUAUCAUGGAUACAUUUUCAAAUACGACCCUCAUGACUAACAGUAAAUGGGGGGUCUGUUGAGUUAUUUUUGUACAAAAUAUUUAAACAUAUUUGUCAGCCCCUCUCCUCACAACAACGAUUGUGUCUCAAAAUUAGAAUGAAAAGUGACUAUAUUUUCACAGUGAUAUAUUUUGUGAGUUUCUAAGAUGUGCAUUAUUUCAUGUGGUAUACAGCAGGGUAAUGUUCACAUUAACACAAAAGAGAUUAUUGAUGACUUAUACAACACACCAUUUGUGCAUUUCGACUGUUCAUUGUGCAAUAUGUUUGUUUUGAUGGAGAUACAUCAUUUGCUAUCACAAUCUUUCCUUAAAAGGCCAUUGUUGUAUCUUAUAUCAACAUCACAAAUAUCAACCCAUGUAUUUUUGUAUAAAAAGUUGUAAAGUAAUAAGUUACUUUAAUUCAUAGCAUUAACACCGUGCCAAAAUAUUUCUAAAAUAUACCUGUAAAUAGUGUUAGAAAAUUGUUGAUCAAGUCAGAUUUUUUAAAUAUUUGACAUUCUGUAAAUGCAUUAAAUAUAGUUAUCCGAAACGGAUUUUCAUAUUCUGAUACUAUACCAAAUGUCAAAGAUUUAUUGAAAACCAAGGCAGAGGAAAAUAGGAGACAGUCUGUCAAACGUGACUGCAGAUUUUCAUGCAUACACAAAUCAUUAUGUUUCUUACAUGUCAAGUAAACAUGACAUUUGCAAAUUAUGCAUCUACAUGACAUCUGUGAAAUUAUGUAAACAAGGGGGAUAGAAGUAUUCUUCGUUAUUCGGAAGUAAAUACACAAACUUGAAUGACUGUCAUAAUCAGCACCGUAAAAAUUAAAUAAAUAUCUAUAAUUCACUGUCAGAUCUAUGUCACAAAAAUACGUUUGAGAAAAUCAACCAGUGAUUUGUUAACAACAUUACCAUUGAUAUUGAAAAUACCUCGCAUAUGAGCAAGAAUUUAAUGGUCAAGUGUUUAUUGCACUGAAGCAAACUGCAGUAUUGGGCUUUAUCUAUACAGAAAACCACCCAAAUAAACAUCAAAGAAGUGUUUACAAAAUCAAUUUAGAGGACUUUAAGGACUAAAUUUAGCCUUUCACAAAUUUCCAGCCUUAAACACUAAAGCCAUUAGAAACAAACAAAACAGAACAGGAGUAACAUUUCAGGAAAAAAUUGCUUCAUUUGCAAGUGUUAUAGUGGUCACUGAAAAUACGUGCGUAAACAUGUGCUAAGAGUUUCCUCUGUAUACAUUAGCAAAAAAAAGUUCUCUAUUAAUUCUUUAUUAAACGAUAUUGCUUUGUAGUUAAAGUGAAUCAGCUGGUGGAUCUGAAUUUGCUCAUCACUCGCUAACAGUUCAAAAUGUUCAAUAGAUGUCAUAGUGUUACUAACGAAAAUCCAUUUCAAGCAGACAUAUAUCUUUAUCAAUAUCAAAUCCGUGUUACACUUGGCUUCAUUUUUGGUUGAUUGAUUGUAUUGAUUCAUGAAACGCAUGCCUUGUAUUUUGUUCAUAUGAAUAUAAAGUCACGGUACUUUGACACAAUGGCCUUCAUGUUUACAGUGCUGAUCUGCUUUAUUAUAAACGGCUUCCUCAUGAAAUAUAUAUAUGUUAUAUUUAUAUAGUAUCUCACUAUGUUGAUUUUCAUUUUUGCUCAAUUUUAGCUGACGUUAAAUGUGUCUUGAUUAUUGAUUUUCAUAUUAGCUGGAUGACACUACAAUGAACUAAAAGCACUUUAUUAUCUGAUAGAAUUCCUUGUUGCUUUCCUGCUACAUAUUCUGCUGUUGUCUAAUAUCAAAACUGCUAAAAAUACAUUCAUUUUCUAUCUAAUGUAUAGCCUACAUGACAUUUUAACACGUACAGUAUGUAAGAAUAUGCCAGCAUCGGUCACAUCAGUAGAAGUGUAAUUUCACUGUAUGAAUAAAAGUUCUUGUGGGAUGAUAAUACCUGACAUAUUAUGUGAUGUACCACACGAUUGUGCAGGUGGGACUUUGCUCUGUUUUCGUUGAAUGGUUGUCAAAAGAGGAAAAUAAAUGACCUAUUGUA